AUGUCACUCUCAUAUCUACGAGCCCUAGCCCGGCCGGCUCCCCAAAGCCUGGCCCAAUCAGCUACCGUUUUUCAAGCUCCUACCGCCGUGCGUUUUGCUAGCCAGAUUUCUCGCAAGCAGAAUCGUCUCCCGGCUUCCUACUAUCGAGGUGGUACAUCACGGGCAAUCUUCUUCAAGAAGGAUGACCUCCCGGCAGACCCCACCGCCUGGAAUUCAAUCUUCCUCAACAGCAUUGGAAGCCCUGACAGAUACGGCAGACAACUAGACGGUCUCGGAGGUGGAAUAUCUAGCUUGUCAAAAGUCUGUGUCGUAGGCAAGAGCACGGAACCAAGCGCUGACGUGGACUAUACAUUUGUGUCGCUGGGCAUCAACAACACCAAUGUUGAUUACUCGAGCAACUGCGGCAAUAUGUCCGCCGCUGUUGGCCCCUAUGCAAUUGAUACAGGCCUGAUAUUAAUGUCCAAAGAAGAGACCGAGGCUACUGUCCGUAUCUUCAACACCAAUACCAAGAAGAUAAUUGAAGCCGCAUUCCCCGUGGUCGAGGGAGAAGCAGAAGCCCAUGGAGACUAUGCCAUUGACGGUGUAGAUGGAACAGCGUCAAAAGUAACUCUGCGCUUCUUGAACCCGGCUGGUUCAAGGACAGGCAAACUUCUGCCUACCGGGAACGUGGUUGAUGAGAUUGAAGGGAUAUCUGUUACUCUCAUCGACGCGGGAAACCCGUGCUGCUUCGUGCCAGCACAGCAGCUCGGCGUGGAUGGAACCCUCACACCACAAGAGAUUGACGCCCACCCUACGUUGAAGAAGCAGCUAGAAAAGAUCCGAGGGCAAGCUGCUGUCCGGAUGGGCCUCGCUGAGACGACGGACAAUGUUCCCGGAAGCGUCCCCAAGAUUGCCAUCGUUUCUGCGCCGACGGACGGAUCAACGGAUAGCAUCAUUGUCCGUGCCAUGUCUGUUGGGCAACCACACAAAGCCGUUCCUGUAACAGUAGCGCUUGCCGCGGCGGCAGCGGCGGAACUACCCGAGACGGUGAUUCAUGGGCUGGUGAGCCGAGGCAACGGCUCGGAGAUGGUGAUCCAUCAUGCUAGUGGUCAAUUGGCCGUCACUGCUGAUUUCGACAGCUCGGGAGACCUCAAGUCAUGUACGGUGUUCCGCACUGCAAGAAGGCUCAUGGAGGGACAUGUCUUCUGGAAAUAA